CGCACAUGCACACACACACACACACACACACACACACACACACACACACACACACACACAUACUCUUAGACUAGGAAGAUUCUCCCCAAACACAACGACAACUCACUCCUCUCUCCCUCUGACUGAGAGAAAGGGAAUCCAGAAACACUGGACUCAAGGACUAAUCUUCUUCCUUCCUGAAUUGUUUUUGGUUUUCGAGAGGGAGAGAGGGAGCUUGGAGCAAAACGAGGGAAGAAACCUGGAAGAAGGCUUUGCAUUUUAACUAGAUUGAACAGGCAGCAGUUGUGUUUUUCAUGUUUUAUAGCUUUGCAUGUGUGCUACUGAGUUGCAGAGCAGAGGUUGAGAAUUUUGAACGGAGGAUCUUGACUCGCUUCCAGCGUCUGUUGCGUGUGUAUAGAGGACAGUAGUAGUGUGUGGCAAAGGAGGGAAAAACGACCAAACUGAGAACACAAGGCAGUCAUGGACACCACUUUGCUUCAACUGGAUACUUCAAUGUGCUGGAUUUGCAGGCUGUCGGUGGCCAAAGUCCAUUCCGGGAGUUACUGACGGCUUUCAGCUCCCAUGUGCUAUCUAAGCCAUGCUCCCUGGCUAUGGAUUCUCUCCUCUCCCUGACUUUCAGCCUCACCUCCACACGUUCUGUUGCAGAGGGGAGAGCUCUGCCAUGUGGAUCCCUGGUUCACCAGAGUCCCAGGCUCUAAACAACUCUCAGGAGAACAGGCCGCUCCUGUGCCAGCACAUUGCUGUGUGUCAACAGGAGACCCUGGCUUUCAUUGACCUUCCGCAGCCUAAAACAAAUGGCUUUUGUUCCUCAUCACCAUUGGGAAGAUGCAGUUCCUCACCAUGCUUCUCUGGCUCACCUCAUAAAGGAUCUUCCUCAAACUUCUGCCAAAAUGGAGAGACACAUGCAAGCAUAGACCAUAUAAACCUUAGCCAGGAUAGACAUGAUGUGGAAGAUGUUCAGGAUGACAUCAGUGCACCCUGUGUGGACACACUUAAGACAGACUCUGAAAAGAUCUUACCGCAGUGUACUACCAAAGAUCUGUUCCUUCCCCUGUCACCAAUGUUUGUGUCCAGGAACAGGGAUUCUGUGGACUUUCAGCAGCCCAGCUCUCCCUGCUCUUCAGCAAGCUCAGAGAAACAGAGCCAUGAUCAGUUUUGUCUACAGAGACGAACAUCACAGGGGUCUUCAAAGGAGAAGUCUAUACGGCGGAAGAUGAGGGUGUACUCACCUGACAGUGUAAGUGAUGACUCUCUAAAUAGUCCAGUGCUCGAAUGUGACUACCUUUUCCCUGGAUCGUUUGAGUCCUUCAUAGAGGGCGAGUUGGGAUUAGUGGGCUCCACUGUGCCCACAUCCCAGAGCUCCAGCUCUCUGUUAGAUUUAGAUGAAGACCUCCCUCUACCAUCCACUGCUACCCCAUCACCACUGGCUUCAGAUACCCUGGCCGAGGAUGCAACACUGGGGGAUAUGGCAAGUGAGGGAGGGAUAGAAGAAGUGGACUUAGGGGAUGGUGGGUCUCUACAAGGGUCAUCCCUUUUAGGUGGGUGCUCCCUGUCUCAUGUGCAAUCCCACCCCAUGCCCCUACCCCGAUCCCGAUCCUCAGACCAUGAACGCAGACGAUUCUCAGCCUCGGAACUCAUAUCACGCCUACAGCUUUCACAGAGAAAAAACUCUUUCACCCUAAGGCUGGGAAAGUCGCUGUCUGCCCGUGUGGCCUCCCGGGAUCGUCACCAAUCUGCAAACUCUGGAUCAGACUACAAACCUAACACUAGGCAGCGCCUUUCCGUGAGCUCAAGUGACAGCACACCACACAGCCCAGUGGGAUUUGCACCACCACUGCCCUCUGCUGACAGCACUCUGCCACAUUACAGAAGGAGCUCCAAGCUCAGUUGUUUUUUUCAUUCUCAUCUGCACAGUAUGAGAAAAGAUUCAAUCGAUGAGGAUGCAGACACCCCACUUCGAAGUACCAAACGUUUGUCACGCUUUCUGCCUAGUUUGGUCCUGUAUCAGGAGUACAGUGAUGUGGCAAUUAAUCGUGAGAUCCAGAGGCAACAGGGAGCUGAGCCUGGAAUGGAAGAUGACCGGGCUGGAGACAGUGCAUCCCCCAGCAAUCUCUCUCCAUCCAGCUCCUUUCGUUCAUCACGGGGUUCUGCCUUCUCCCUCUGGCAGGACAUUCCUGAUGUGCGCAGCAGUGGACAGCUGGACAAUUUCAGCAAUGAGGAGCGCAAACUGCAAGAGGCUAAGUUUGAGCUGGUGACAAGUGAAGCUUCUUACAUACGCAGCUUGACCAUAGCAGUUGACCACUUCAUGAUGUCUUCAGAGCUAAAUGAGUGCUUGGGGGCUCAAGAGAAACAGUGGCUUUUUUCCAAAUUGCCUGAUGUCAAGGAUGUCAGUGAGAAAUUUUUACAGGAUCUUGAGCACCGAUUAGAAGCAGACAUCUUGCGCUUUGAUGUGUGUGACAUUGUCCUGGACCACUGCCCGGCAUUACGGAGGGUCUACCUUCCUUACGUUACUAACCAGGCCUACCAGGAGCAGACGUACCAACGACUUCUACAAGAGAAUCCUCGCUUCCCUGGAAUCCUUGCCCGUUUGGAAGAGGACCCAAUAUGCCAGCGUCUCCCUCUUACAUCAUUCCUCAUUCUGCCAUUUCAAAGGAUCACACGGCUCAAAAUGCUGGUCGAGAACAUUCUAAAGAGAACAAUGCCUGGUUCACGAGACGAAGACACGGCCACCAAGGCGUUUAAUGAACUGAAAAAGAUUAUAAAAGAAUGUAACUCCAGUGUGCAAUCCAUGAAGAGGAUGGAGGAGCUAAUUCAUCUCAACAAGAGAAUACACUUUGAGGGAAAGAUUUUCCCUCUCAUCUCUCAGUCUCGUUGGUUAGUAAAACAUGGUGAGCUGCUAGAAGUGGACACGCAAACUAUGAGCAUAUCCGGAUCAAAAUUGAAACUGCCUACGCGGCCAGUGUACCUGCACCUAUUUAAUGACUGCCUCCUAUUGUCCCGAAGAAAAGACACAUGGAAAUUCAUGGUGUUUGUGCAUGCUAAGAUUGCCGAGCUGAAGGUGAAGGACUUGAGUCAGAAGCUUCAGGGCAUCUCAGGCUUUAUAUUCCUUCUGCAGCUGUGUGAAGGCCAGCAGCUCAAAUAUCAGAUCCUGCUAAAGUCACAAACAGAGAGUGGCAAACAGCGAUGGAUCACAGCUAUGAUUCCUCCUGAUCCAACUGUAGCACACACUAGUGAAAAUGAGGAUCUAUCUCAGGUUCAGUGCAUUAAGAGCUACCAGGCCCAGGAACACGAUGAACUCACACUAGAGAAGGCGGAUAUCCUUCAAGCUAAAACGAUUACAAGUGAUGGAUGGGUGGAGGGGGUCCGGUUGUCUGACGGUGAAAGGGGCUGGUUCCCCAAAACGUAUGUGGAGGAAAUUACGAGUCGCAGUGCUCGUCUUCGAAACCUUCGUGAAAAUAUUCGCAUUAAGUGUGUCACCCAGAAACUAGAGGGUGAGCCUCACUGAGGGGCUGUAAUAUAGUGCAUCCUUUUAUUUAAAUCCUUGAUUUAUGUUUUUAAAGAUAAAAAAAGACAAGUGGGUGUCCACAAUAAGCUUUGAUUUCCACAAUGGUAGGCACAUAUUUGCAAUAAUUUAGUUGCACAUUGAAAAUUUUAACAGUAUCAACUUUAACGUUUCCUUCUUGUACUUUGUUGCUAUUAGCAUUUGUAGAUAUGUAGCAUUUUUUUUAAGGAAUGGUUUGGGGAAAUAAAAUUUAUUUGCUUCCACUUCCAUACACCUCAACUGUACAUGUAGCUAAGCGAACAAAAAAGUUUGGUGUUAAAUUCCGCUUUUUCCAUUCUGCCCGGGAGCCAUGAGGCUAAAUUAGCAUUCACAUUCACCUCAGAUGACAUUCUUUGGCUUUUGUGAUCCAACUGGUACAUAGAUAAAGAUCUCAUAAAGUAGCAGAAUAUGCAUACAUUUAUAUAUUUGAAAUCUAUAAACCAAAUCAAAUGAUUUCCAAUUGGUGGCACUAGAGUUUUCAGUGUUGGAGUGUUUUAUUUUCCCAGAUAACCGCUACCCUAUCAGGAACCAUAUAAUAAAGUGUAUUUGAGGUCACCUCACAAAAAAACAUGCUCUGUACUAUUUGAUUCUUGAACCAUUUCUUUAAAUGCACAUGCACACAAUAAAUACAUAGAGUGCUGUCAUCACACAGUUAUCAUUAGAACAAAUAAAGGCUUAUUUAUUGAGCUUGAGGAUUUAAUACAAUCCAAGUAUUUGAAUUUUAUACAAAUGUGUCCAACGGUGCCUCAGAAUAAUACUGGAAUAUUAAAUAACCACCUCAUGCCAAAGUUACCGAACAUUACCGAGUUUUGCUUUCUUAUUGAACUUUUGAAACCAAAUGUAUAAUUUGCUGUUGCAAAUGAUUUGUCUGUUGUUUUUGUCCCCUUCUACUUUUAACCAUUAUUUAUGACGGUAAGCCUUUCAACAGGCAGGUGUUUAUGUGGAUAUUUUUGUAAUUUCUGUUUUGGAGGAAAGACACUAAAUAAUUAUGCUGAGCAUGGACUAUAAAGAGCAUUAGAUAGCUAUUCCUGUCUCUUGCAUCUCUGUAAAUGUUUCAUCCCUAAAAUAAAUGCAACUAUCACUAACAAA